AUUCACCAUCUUUUCUCACUCAUGCUGUGUGCCAUUCCCUCCCUCUCCCGUCUUACACUUCCUCAAAGUGGCCAGAGCUCCUCUUCUGUCCUCUCCACAUCCUGUCCUGUACAGAUUUGUAUCAAUUUUGCCUAAUUCUCAGGCCACUUUUUUUUUGUUUUAUCCUGAACUUUUUCUUUAACUAUUUUUAAUUUUUUUUUAUUUCUUCACCUUUUUUUUAUUUAUUUUUUAUUUUUUCAUUCCGGUGUACAACCCUGAACUGUACAAGAUCUCUCUGAUUUGAGUCUCCCAACGGUUUUUGGCAGGAGAAAAAGUGCUUAGAAGAAUUUCCCACCACAAUGAAAGUUCAGCUGCUGCUCCUCCUGGCCCUGGCCGGCCCUCUCUGCUCCUUCACACGUGCAAGUCCUACGACAGUCGCCUCAUACUCCUCUUCGGCACCAGAAGAAACAAAAACAACAGUCAUCACCGGUCCUUCUCCCACCGACCCACCAGUUGCCCCUCAAGAUGCAACGCUCAGUACUGCCGAACCGGUGGCUACAACUGAGGCUGACAUUGACGUCCCUACUACAGAAUCAAAUCAGAUCCCUGAAACAACUACUGUGGAAGUAACCGAAGCUCCCAUCGUGCACACUUUGGCCUUCGCUGAGACGUCCUCGCCUCCUCCCGAGACCACUGCAGCUCCCGCUUUCGAAACCACAGCUUCUGAAGAGACCAGUAGCCCCCUCAAAGACGAGACCGAAGCACCGAUUGAUCUGACCACGAGUGCAGACGAAGCUACGGGGACCGACGGUGGCGACGCAGACCUGACGGUGGAAACUGAAGAGGGCAUGAGCACCGGACAAAUAGUGGGAAUUGUGAUUGGCGCCAUCGUGGCCGUGGUAAUUGUCAUCGCUGUGGUGAUUGCAGUGUUGAGGAGGAUGGGCAAAUACUCGUCUACCAAGAGCAGAAAACCUGCAAAAAAAGACAGCGUUGUUGUCUCUCCCUUGAAGAAAAAGUCAACCAAGCAGCAGGAGCGUGGAAAGUUCUGGAAAUCCUAAACUACUGAACUGUGACUUUGAGUUUGAUAAUUAAAACGAGCACAACGCCAGAACUAAACUAAUCUAACCUGGACUUGAAAUGAUGCCAAACCAAGGGGUGCAGCGAGGGUCGAGUGUUUUGUUGUUGUGUGUAUAUACAGUGUGUACUGUAAUGUGUGUGAGACAAGAGGGGGUGCACAAGUCAACAUCUUCGUUUUCCCCUGCUUACCUCCCCAAAAAACAGCCCUCUCUUCCCUCGUGUUCCUGAAGUGAACA